GGACUCGAUAGCAGAAUCUGCUUUGAUCAUUGAAUGAGAUCGUCAUGGCAGAGCUGGAGAUCGGGCAGCACUGUGAUGUGGAGCACUGCGGGCAGCUGGAUUUCCUUCCCUUUGUUUGUGAUGGCUGUUCAAGAGUCUUUUGCCUCACACAUAGAAGCAGGGAUUGCCAUGGCUGCCCUGAGGUGACGUCAGGCGGCAGCAGUGGACAGUCUGAGGGCAGCACGCAAUACCCUUGUUCUUACACAGGCUGCACCGGGAAGGAAUUGGUGGAGGUGUUUUGUCCUUUCUGCAGGAAACAUUUCUGCUUGAGGCAUCGUCACCAGCCAGACCAUGAAUGUGAGAAACUGGAGGCCCCAAAGCCACGGAUGUCGGCAACCCAGCAGCUGGUGAAAGAGAUUGUUGAUUCCAAAAAGUCAGCUCCGCCAAACAAAGCACGCAGAGGGGCAAAAAAUGCAGAGACUGCGGCAAAGGUGGCGUUAAUGAAGCUGAAGUUACAUGCGCUGGGGGAUAAAACUUUACCUCAGUCCGAAAGGGUCUACUUUCAAGUAUACCUGCCCAAGGGUGGACAGGACAGAAGCAAACCCAUGUUCUUCUGUAAGAAGUGGAGUAUUGGAAAAGUUGUGGACUACGCAGCUUCUACAGCGAGCCUGAAAAAUGACAAUAACAGAGCCUCUGCCAAGAAGCUGAGAGUGUGCCAUGCAGAGACAGGAGCGGCUCUCCCGAUGUACAUCUCGGUGGAAAAGUGGCUUUCUAGUGCAGAGAAUCCUUUGUAUAAUGGUGGAAAUAUUAUCAUUGAGUAUUUGGAUAAUGAUUGCAGUGAAAUUGAAGACGUCAGUUUGUAUUUAUCAUAGUGUCAUAAUAAGAGAUGCGUUCAGUACAAUAAAUAUUCUCUUUGUUACGUC